AGACGUGGAGUGUGGUGUCGAAAUCGAAUCGAGUCGUAGAAGUAGAAAUUAAAAAAUAUAUUACGUAAUUAUAUUUAUUUCUUAAUAUAGUACUUAAAUUCGCUGAAAGUAACUAAAUUGUCAGAAAUAAAGAAGCGUAAUUAGUUAAUGAGCGAUAAUGUUUUCAAUAAUAGAGCCUAACAUGAAAAAUUCAGGAAACCAUAAUAUUAGAAUUAAUGAGUAUAAACCAGUUGAAAUAUCAGAGAUGACAAGUCAAGACACAAAUAAAGUACUACAAUAUCCUAAACCAAGAAUGCUGAGUCGUGGCAGAGGUUCUGCCUCUACAAUAAGAAUCACAAAUGUUAAAUCCAUUAAGCCACCAGACAAUGAUGUUAUCAAGAAACAAGAAGAGGAGAAAUUAAGAGCUCAAUUACAAAAAGAGAUAAUGUCACGCUCUCGUUCUUGCGCGUACCGCGGCUAUGUGUGCCAGCUGGCUGUACUUAGCGGGCGACAGCACUGCGCAAGACAUAUCUUACAUGAGCCAGGUGCUCCGUACAAGCAGUGUGUGCACACAUAUGCUGGGGGUCAGCGGUGUAACAAGCCCGCGCCUAUACCACCUGCAACUACACAGUCUAGAGAUGCAGGGUUAUGUUUUGAGCACGCUCGUGCUGCGCUGUACUCCCGCCAGCGCAGCGCGGCACCGCCCCCACCUGUCACCACCACGGAGACCUUGCUCAACCAACUACAGCAUUAUAUACGUCCUGAACGCACGCGGACGACCUCGUGCGCAUCCUCAGUGUCGGUGGUGAGCGAGCCCUGUGAGCCAGAUCUCAUCUCACCUAACGCUGUAGACCCAUUUAAACAAAUUGACGCGACAGCUGUUAACGCGUCAUACUCCUCGUCAAUAAUGGAGUGUGCCAGCGCUAGUGAGAGUGACUGUGACAGUGUCACACUGGGCCCUGACGGGGACUGCCGCGCUGUGCACGAGGACAAUCUCUCUGAUGCUGAGGAAGCGCCAUGUGAAUCACAGCCGCUAUGGCGUGCUGGUGUGUAUACAGCGGAGGAAGCUGUAAGUGAAACAAAGACUGUACUCAAGUCAUUACAAUCUGCGUACAUAAGACAAAUGGGCCGGUUAAGGAUAUUGUUGCAGUCCGCUAGAUAUCAGUAUAUUAAGUCAUUGAAAGCUGAACGAGAACAGUAUUGUAGUAUAAACGCGCAGGCACGCGGUGGGCCACUGACUGUAAGAGAGCGGCGUCAGUUACGUAAGCUGAAGGCGUACGCCGGCUAUCACAGGAAACAUGGUGUUGAUGCUGUACUGGCGAGGAAGCUUCAUAGGAAACGAGCCAAGGUGAACGACAGCAAUCCGCACCGGUUUGUGCCGACACCAAGUCGUUGUACGUUUGCUGAGGGCGGCGUGCGUUGCUCCACCAGUGCACUGCCUGCAGCUAAACACUGCCUCAAGCAUAUACUGCAUGACCGCCAUCAGGUGCUGUUUGCUGCAUGUGGGGACGAGCGUGGAUGUGCGCCAUGCCGCGAGCCGGUAGCGCGACUACCGCUACCCCACACCUGCCGCUACCACGCUGACCCACCUCCAUAUCAAGUGUUCACACUCAAGAAAGAUGAGUCAGACAGUGACACAGAGUCUCAGUUCAGCUCGUCGGGCUCUCACACGGACCUUGGCGAGCAAUCAUUUGAGGACAAGUGCGAGGCCGCGCCCGACGCGCCAUCUGACGCCCUGCAGUAUCAAUGACAAAUGGACUUUGAUCAUAUGCUGUAUGAUGAUCUAUGGACUUGAAACGUGUUAGUUCUAUGGUUCUUUCAACUUCAAGUACGGACAGAGAGAAAAUUUAUCCAGUGUUUAUUUUUGUGUAAAUUGUGCAGUGGAAAUGCACAUUUAGUGUUCCAAAGAUUACAGUGCAGUGUUCUUGACAAUAGAAAUGAAUGUGAUGGCAGUGACGUGAUAUUACUAAUGAAGUUCUAAUGCUUUGUGUUGAUUGAAAAACUGUAAGUACAAGUUUAUAUUAUUGUUGGUAUUACAGUAAAGUUGAAUUUAUAUUAAGACAAGUGUAGUGCUUUACAACCAU